AUGAGUUUAGCGCCCCCUGCAGGUGGAACAGGUUUGGACCCAGCAGGACCGAUGUUCACCAGCUCGAUGGCAGACGAGAGGUUGGACCCAUCGGACGCCAUGUUUGUCGACGUUCUUCACACCGACAUGAACUCGUUCGGACUCAGAGGAGCUCACGGUCACAUUGACUUCUACGCUAACGGAGGAGCCGACCAACCAGGAUGCCCCAAAACCAUCUUCUCAGGGAAGUCUUAUUUCGUGUGUGACCACCAGCGCUCGGUCUUCCUGUUCCUGUGCUCUCUGAACCGGACCUGCAGCCUCACCGGUUAUCCCUGCUCCUCCUACAGCGACUUCCUGGACGGGAAGUGUCUGCAGUGCGAGGCCUUUAAACCCGCUUCCUGUCCUGUGCUCGGUUAUGACGUCAGCAAAUGGAAAGAGACUCUGCUGCAGAUGGGACAAACCAAAGUGUUCUUCAGCACCACGUCCGUGCUGCCGUACAGGAAGCUGAGCUACAGAGUGGACAUGGUGACGUGGAACCAGUAUCUCCGCUGGGGGGUCGUCUACAUCCGGCUGCACAGCGGCAGAACUUACACGGAGGCUCGGAUAGACCAUAAGCUGCUCCGGUUCGAGCAGUACACGUCCACUCGCCUGCUCGCUCAGUUCGACGACGAUCUGCAGCCGAUCCAGAAGAUCUCUCUCCGCAUCAACACCGGCAACGUGAUCGGCCCCAGAUACAAAAUCAGACUCCUGAGGAUCCGCUUCACGCCGCUGGAUCGUCCCGAGAGGCCUCUGAUGUGCCGUUUCGACAUCAAGGAGGAGAACAUGGAGGUGGCGUUUCGGCCUUUACCCUGCAACUCUCCGCCUCUAACUCUCUGA